AUGUUGGUCGUCGUCGUGCUGUCGUGCCCCUUCCGCAGUUUGCUGUGGUGGAUUAACUUCGUCGCUGCGCUGUGCUGGUGGCCACUGCCGGUCGUCCAAGCGUACAUGUCCGAGUCGUGGGCGAUGCUCAGCCGAAUGCCCAGCCCGACCUGCGUCGACAUCCCACGCAACUUCAGUCUUUGCCAUGGCAUCGACUACCGCCGUAUGCGCCUACCGAAUCUAGUCGAACAUGAGACCCUGGACGAGGCGGUCCAGCAGGCCGCGCCUUGGAUAUCGCUGUUGCGCCUGAACUGCCAUGCGGACACACAACGAUUCCUGUGCUCACUGUUCGCCCCCGUAUGUCUCGAACGCGCCAUCUACCCCUGCCGGUCCCUGUGCGAGGCGGUCAAGUCCGGCUGCGAGAAGCGCAUGGAGAUGUACGGCUUUCCGUGGCCGGAAAUGCUCAACUGCAACAAAUUCCCGGUUACCAACGACAUGUGUAUCCAAGCACGCGAGACGUAUCAAGGUAUGGUCGUUUUUCUUUCUUGUUCAACGUUGCCGUACACAGUGCGCCCACGUCUGAGGCGCGUUGGAGAAAUCGGUCGCCGAUGCAUUAUUUUUCCAGUUGAAUCUGGUGGACCGCUGACCCUUAUUAACGACGACCCAUUUUCGCAUGUGGCCACGGUGGACCCCUGUCGCGACAGUGGCGCAUGCUUGGCCCACUGGGAGCUGGUUGGGGCUGGGAGUUUCGGCUGCGUGAAACGACCAGUUCUGUCUACCGCUGUUGGCUGGCACAAAACGCGUCCACGACGUUCAUUCACCACAGCGGUACCUCCUUUGAGUGGUGCCACGUUGUUAAGUUUGUCGCCCGAGUCAGAUGGCAAACAUUUGCAGCUUAAUGGAGCGGCGGCGGAGGACCAGCUGAGUGACGACGCCUCCGCCUCGGCCGAAGGUUGA